AUGAUGAUGAAAUUAAUUACUAAACUUUUUCGAAGAAGUAUUACAAUUUCAUUAAAUCAACAAAGGAAAUUGCAUUAUCCGGCUGUAGAUGAUUUGAAACAGUUGAGGGAAAAAGAAGAAAACAAAAUUGAUGGUGAAUUUGUUCCUGUUGAGUGUAAGCCAACUGAAUUGCUUAAACAAUUGAUGAAAGAUGAUCUGACACUCCAAUCUAGAAUUUACGAAUACUUCUCUUCUUGUGUACCUACUGCUUUUAGGGACAAACAUUGGCUUUAUUUGCUCAGGACUAGUGAUAUACAUGAGCGUGUUCGUUAUUUUUAUUUUAUGGGACUAACAGAGCAAAGGGAUGCAAACGACAAGCAAAAAGAAGAAGCUAGAAAAGCUGCAAAAAAUGAAAAAUUUAUGGAAAAUUUGGAAAAAUUUGAAAGAGGAGAAAUGGCUUAUGGUCCUCCUGCUUAUACUCUUAUGUAUUAUAAAAGAUCAGUAACUGAAUUUUAUUUUUGGAAUGCUAUUCAAUUGGCAAUGCAAAAUGAAAUGCCUCGUUUACUUUUUGAUUGUCAAUUUCUUCCAAAUAUGCCGACUAAAGAAUAUGGACGUGUUUUAAGAUCGGCUGGGCAUGCUUUUUUUACAAAUUUGGAAAGUCGGAUAUCUUUACCUGCAUCAUUUAUAAAUGUGAAUGAAUCAGAUCCGAAUACAAAAAAUUUAAUUUCAAAACAUAUUGUUCCUUUUGGAACGACAGAUUAUCACAAACAUCAAAGGAUCAAUCCAGAUUUUUAUCGAAAUGAUCCAUUUCAUGAUUCGAAGAGUGCUGGCCGAAAUUCAGAUGAAAGUGAUCAAGUUAUUUAUCUUUCCAAAUAUGCAACAGAAACAUUAAAAGGCCCAUUAAUUCAUAAAGCUUAUAUUCUCCCACUUACAUUUGACUCUAAAAAGGAAACGGUUGGUGCAGUUAGGAGAGGCAAUUACCGAGCAAUGUAUUUCCCUAUUAGAGAUUAUAUUGAAUGGAAAUGUGGGUCGUUUAAAUUAGCCUUUGUUAUUACUGCAAAAAUUUUACAAGAAGUAGCUUCCAAUGGAGGUGAUUGGAAAUCUGCUUUGGAUUUAUAUGUUCCAAUAAUUAAUAGAAGAACUUUUUCUGAGCGAAGAGAAAUUAUGGGGGAAGAAGAAACGCGAUUAGUUGUUGAAUCGAGAGAAGAAAAAAGGCAAAUAAAUGAAUAUAUAGUUCAAACUAUUGGAAAUCAACCACCUUAUUUUGAAACUAGAAACCAGGAAAAAUAUGGAAAAAUUCUGAAUGAAUAUGCAAAUAAAUUGGAAUUUUUUUAA